AACCAAGUGAAGUGAACAAAAUCCACUCGAAAUUGGAGGGUAAUCAGCUUCAAUUCUCAUUUCCAUUUUGCCCUAAAACCCUAAUAAAAAAGAAAAUAAAAAUAAUAUCGGAAAACCAAAGAAACAAAAAUGGCCAUGCUUCAUCCCCUCACAAACCCAAACGAGCUUCUCUGCUCUUCUAUCUACCACAAUGCAAUUGCUCUCACUACCUCUGUUUCUCUCAACCCCAGAACAACAAGAAUUGCCCCACAACGCCUCACUCGCCGUUACGUGUCGGUGAGAUGUUCCUACGCUUAUGAAGAUAACGCUAGGAUUAAGGUUGUCGGAAUCGGUGGUGGUGGCAACAAUGCCGUUAAUCGCAUGAUCGGUAGUGGUUUGCAGGGUGUAGACUUCUAUGCAAUAAAUACUGAUGCUCAAGCACUGUUACAUUCUGCUGCUGAGAACCCUAUAAAAAUUGGAGAAGUUCUCACUCGUGGAUUAGGUACUGGUGGGAAUCCACUUUUGGGGGAACAAGCUGCGGAGGAGUCAAGAGAAGCUAUUGCUGAUGCUCUUAAAGGAUCAGAUUUGGUGUUCAUAACAGCUGGGAUGGGUGGUGGAACAGGGUCUGGUGCUGCCCCAGUUGUGGCCCAAAUAUCUAAAGAGACAGGUUACUUGACUGUCGGUGUUGUUACCUAUCCCUUCAGUUUCGAAGGACGUAAAAGAUCCCUGCAGGCCUAUGAAGCCAUUGAAAAGCUGCAGAAAAAUGUCGAUACACUUAUAGUGAUUCCAAAUGACCGUCUGCUUGACAUAGCUGAUGAGCAGAUGCCUCUUCAGGAUGCUUUCCGUCUUGCAGAUGAUGUUCUACGCCAAGGAGUACAGGGAAUAUCAGACAUCAUAACAAUACCUGGGCUUGUCAAUGUGGAUUUUGCUGAUGUAAAAGCUGUGAUGAAAGACUCUGGGACUGCAAUGCUUGGAGUUGGUGUGUCCUCCGGUAAAAACCGGGCAGAAGAAGCAGCAGAACAGGCUACUUUGGCUCCUUUAAUUGGAUCAUCUAUUCAGUCAGCUACUGGGGUAGUGUAUAAUAUUACUGGAGGAAGAGACAUAACCCUGCAGGAAGUGAAUCGGGUUUCUCAGGUGGUGACUAGUUUGGCUGAUCCUUCUGCUAAUAUUAUAUUUGGGGCCGUUGUUGAUGAUCGCUACACGGGUGAGAUUCAUGUGACUAUCAUUGCAACUGGUUUCUCAGAGUCUUUUCAGAAGAAAUUGCUAACAGAUCCAAGGGCUGCAAAGCUGCUUGACAAAGUGGCUGAGGGCCAACAGAGCAAGGCAGUGCCUCCUCCUCUCAAGUCCUCAAAUUCAUCUUCCACUGUUCAAUCUAGAGCAUCCCCGCGAAGGCUCUUUUUUUAGUUGCAUAGUGCUUCUAUCCUUUUCUUUUUUCUAACUACUAUUUUAUUGUAGUCAUUCAGCGGUGUAAUGAAUGAUUUUGAAGCUUAAUUAAUUUGCUAUCAUUCUCUUGAUGUUCUCUCCCCUUCAAUAUGCACUGUUAUCAAGUUCUUUUAUCAUUUUUCUACUUAUUAAUAUCGUAGUCAUUCAGCUGUGUAAUGAAUGAUCUUGAAGCUUAAUUGAUUUAUCGAGAUAUCAUUCUUUUGAUGUU